AUGGAUGGGCAUAGUUGGACCGAGUCACGGACGCGAUCCCCGUCUGUCGUCCCAGACGAGGGCAUCCGCGGCUUCCUCGAGGAGAAGACAGCAAACCUGUUCGCCACCCAGCUGCAGUCCAGAUUGACCACCCUCGAACAAACCAAAGAGACGCCGAAAUUCCUCAGACGCAACUCCUACGCCCUCUACUUGGAGGGCCACUUCGCCCUCCUCGACCCCCGCGAACUCCAGCGCACCUCUCUUAGCCCUACCCCUCCUUCCAGUGACGACGACUGGACCAGUGCCGAGCGCACGCCGGAACCGCAUUUCAAAGCAAGCACCAGCAAAGUGUGUCUUGACGAGAGUCUUUACCCUCGAUUGAAGACCCAGCAAGGCCGGAUCGAGCGCAAGCGGCAGCGACGACAGGACAAGAGAGGCCACCGGAUGGCCCACAAGCACAGUCACCACAUGUUACGGCGAUCAAAAAACAAGUCCAACGCGCUCUUCUACGAGCUCGACUGGAUUGGAAGAAAUGCAGUGGCCGUGUGCCAGAUGACGCCAGAUCAUUCCCAAUCAAGCAACAAGAAGGGCUGA